AUGAUGGAAGGAAAACGGUGGCAACGCGCGUGCGUUGCGUGUCUUAUCGGUAUUUUGUUCGCCUUUUGUCAAGCGAUACCACACGUACGAGGGCAGGAUGUGUACCCGGUACAAGCGUCAUCACCUUCAACAUUACCGGGCUACACAACUCCGACGGCUGUGGUGCCACUGAACACGCAUGGAACUGUACCGUACACGGUACGUCCAGCAACAGAUGCUUCGAGCAGUGCAUUGACCGAACCCGCAGAACCGUCCGAGGAUAGUUCCACAUCGGAAGGUAGCUUCCUUUCCAGCGAAGAUAGUACCAACUAUGAUACCUCACUAUCGGAGCAUGAGCUCACGUCGCUCGAAACUUCCGGUUCGCUCGAGGUGCAGGAUGGGCGAAGUCUCGAAAGUGUGGAGGAUCCUCUGCAAUCGUUGACGGUAACGAAUCUUACCACCGACAGCACCCAGGAAGAAACCGAAUCGAACCCGUACCCAAAACUAUUGUCAGAGCCAAUGGUGUCCAGCACAUCAGCACAGAUUGACCAACCGAUUACAAACACCUCACGUGUGAUGAGCACUUCCACCACCACCACCACAUCGAACGAUACCGAGGACGAAAGCACAGGCUCAAACUGUACUGAUCGGCCGUAUGUCGACAUGUCUCGCACUGAGAACCGACACCCGUAUCACCAUCAGCGGCAGAUGUCGCGUGCCAACCGGAUACAGCGUACAUCGAACGCAACGGUUCAGUUGCACGGUGCACGAAGCGGUGCAGGACAGGAACCGUAUCCGUUGGACGGCGAGAACGAGCACGUUGAGCUGUAUGCUGCACAGUACGGUUACCGGGUGUAUCGGUUGAAAGGUGACCUGAUGCUAACACUCAUUGUUGAGUCAGAUGAUUUUGGGGCAAUGCUAUUCACGAUUGAUCGCAUUAAUGACCUUCGGCUAGUGACCGGCGGGCGGGGAAACGCCAGCAUAGGUGUGAACAUAAUUCAUCUCCUGAAUACUUCGCUCAGCCAACGAACCCUGCAGCAGGAGGUAAAUGUUCUGAAGGAAUGCUCAACGAACACGAUCGGUAUCUUCGUCAGUUCGCGGCUAUGGCCCUCGGUUCGACUUCUGUCGGAAACUCUCGACUACAACAUAUAUCCGCUGCCAUCAACAAACGAGCUCCUUUUUACUAAAGCCGCCCAUCUGCUGUACGAACUGCCCUGGUCGAACGGGAACUCGUCCGCGAUGGUAUACUCCGGCUCGAACGAACUGUCAACUCGGUUCAGUACCAUCUGCCGACAUGAACAUCUCUGCUUGGAGAACUAUCCCAGUAGCGAUACAAUUUACAUACUGCUGGGACUGGAACCGGCUAUCAGCUUUGCGUUGAACGGUACACUCGUGCUGGUGCUCACUGGAACUGAUCGUUUGUAUCUUCCUGAUCUUCCGAAUGGAGCGUACGUGAUAGCGGAAACAGAACUGAAUGUUGCCUCGCUCGGCUACUCCUGGGAGCGCUACGGCACUACCUUUCGCGGCUCGGAACUUCUAGCCUAUGGCAAUCUGCUGCUCGAGAUAGUUGAUCUUCUGAACCGUGCCGGAAGCGAUUGCCGAAACGCAAGCAUCGAGUGUAUGAACAAUUGGAAGUAUCAUGUAAAACGAUCAACGCCGGAGGUACUGAACCGUCUCCAGCUGAAGAAUUCCACCCAGUCGAUCAAGUUCGAGUUACGGCAGAAGCGAAUCAAUGCAAGCCCGAUCGUAAACCGUACGGAAAGCACGCAAUACGAUCAUCCAGACGACAACGAGCUCAGGUUAAUUGCUAGUUCUAAUGCGAUCACUAACUACACGACCGUCUAUGAGCGGCUAGCGAUCAGUGCGGACGUACCGUCGAAGUUGGGUACGAUUUUUUACUGCGCGAAAGAGUUUGAAAUACGCCAUCCGGAUUUUAUCGAGCGACAUCAUCGUCCCGUGUACUACGGCGGAGUGCCUGAUGCGGAAGAGUACGGCGAGAUGUACUGGCAGAUCAAGAUGGAGGCUUGGGUAGCAGCAGGUCUGACGGUAUCAUCGCUGGGCAUACUGCUCUGUGCGGCUAUACUGAUCUUUCUGAUCGUACGUGUCUGCAUGGACGACAUUCUCGAAGGACAUCCGUUGGGGAGCAUCUUACUGUUGGUUAGCUUGAUACUACAAUUUGCUGCCUUCAUCCCGUUCAGCCUCGAGUACACGGGAUACACGGCGGAUCUUACGGGUCAUCGGACAGAUGCGAUGCUAACGUGGAAUGCACACUGUACGGUGAAGAUCUUCCUCGUGUCCAUGUGCUACUGCAUGACAUUCUCGUUGCUGCUGUGUCGUGCGAUCAUGCUUGCCUCGAUCGGUAGCGAAGGCGGUUUCCUUUCGCACAUCAACGGAUACAUCCAGAGUGUGAUCUGUGGUUUUAGCACCCUGGUUCAGCUCGGACUCUCCACGCAGCUCGUGAUCGUACUGCACGCGAACGCACACAGUAUCUCUUGCGGUGAAAUAUACUACGGACACUGGUUCUGGGCGGUGAUAGCAUAUGAUGGCGUGCUGCUGGUAUCGCUCAUCUUUCUCGCACCCUUCAUCUUCCGCUCGCAGCGCAACUACCGGGAGGGCUUGUUGCUUGUGACGGGUUCGGUAUUAUGUUUGGUAAUAUGGACGGUUUGGAUACCGCUCUGUAUGUUCGGGUACGAGUGGCGUGAAGCUGCCAUCUCGCUGGGAUUAGUCGCUACCGCGCUGGCGGUGCUGGUUGGCAUUAUGAUACCGCGCUGCUUCCUGAUGGUACGCAGUAUCGCACGUUCGGAUCUUGUACAGGCGCUUCCUUCGCUCACCUCACUAGCAUUUGCCCAAGCUAAUCAAUUCAUUUCAGAUCAGAGCGUAUAUGAGUGUGUUAAUCCGGCAAUGCGACAACGAUCUCCCACGGACGAUAGUUUCGUUAUGGAUCAGGAUCUGGAUGAGGCAUAUUCGGCAAACAGUGAAAUUCCAACGCUGCCACUGCGUGGUCAACGACGUUUGCGCCAGGAAAAUGGUACCAUAACCAUGAGCACUAGUAAUGGAACGAUUGGCAACCAUAAUGACACUAUCGUUUCACCGAUGGAUCGGCCGGGUGGUAACGUCACCCACAUAGCACCGAACUUCUAUGGCAUCACCAAUCCGUACAGCUGUACCGACUCUUUAACGUCAAUUUCACCAAACAAGAUAACACGUUUCUAG